CCUACGUUGCCGGUCCAAAAAUAGCUCAGUCGUCGCGAUUGCUCAAAUACGAAAACAUCGGGUGGGAAAAUCACUAGCAGAGUUUUCCUUAUUAUUUUGCAGUACCUACAUAUCGAAUCGAGUGCGUUUUUUUUCCUUUAAUUUCUCAACUCGCUUAUUUUCCUACCUACCGUUUGAAGUCCGAAAGGACGAAACCGUGCGCGUGUAAUUUCGCAAUGGUUUAAUAAUUGUUCCGGGAAAAGUUUGACUCAACGACCGCGGGAAAGCGAAUAAAUAUUGGUCAACUGCAGCAGUAGUGCGAAGGGUGAUUAAUUUUCCGAGCGGAUAAAAGGGGCCAGGAAAAAUGGGCAGUUUUCAGUCGACCCAUGGUCGCGAAAGUCGGGAAGACGAGUCGCGGCCUGUGGAUGAUGGUGGGGGUGGAGGUGCGGUGACAGGGCAAGAACAUGACACCGAUGUUGGUAGCAGCAGUUCGGGUACGAUUGUGGAUGAAAGUUGUGCAAUCGUAGGUAAUAAAUCAGAAGAACAUACGAUAAAUAACGAAACUCGCUCUGGAAGCCUCGAGGGCAGUGAAGAUGAUCCGGAUGGAUUCGAAUCGUGCGAUGGAGGGGAAACAUGUCGAGAGUUGGCUGAGUUCCGCGAGGAACUGGGCAUAAAACGUGAACUGCGAAAAUCGAAAAUGGCGGAUAUCAAACAGGAGAUGGAACAGCUGAGGAAGGGUUUGGCCGAGGAGCGAGCCAAGAACCGCGCUCUCAUACGCUACAUCCAGCAAAGCCAGGAUCAAACAAAGGAAGCACCGGAGAUCACACCAAGCGGCAAUGAGGAAAUUGCGGUAGUUGUAAGCGAUCGCGUGGAAACGUGUCACAACGACUGUGAAAAUCACUCAGAACAAAGCAAUUCUAGUCCCAGCGAUACAACCACAUCAAACGGCGAUGAUCUGCGUCUUGCUUUGAGGUGUGAUCUGGCUGAAUCACAGCUGCAGCUUCAGCAGGCAAACGGUGAGAUCCUGUCGCUUCAGUCCGUCAUCGACCAGCUGCGAACGCAGAUUCAAUCCCUCCAGACGCCGUCCGAAGAGGAGGAAGCUGCUCAACAGGCCCGAAACAAAGAGUUCCGCCAUCUUAAGGCGGAACUGGCCGAAGUGCAGUUCCAGUUGCAAAUUACGAACGCUGAAGUUUUGGCGCUCCAGAGUGAGGUCAGCCAGUUGAAGAAUCAAGUCAAGGGACUGAAAGACGUGAUCAAAGCCGGCAAAGAGAUCAUCCACAUCAGGGAGGACCAAGUAGAGCAGCUUAAGGCGAAAUUGCGCCAGAUCGAGGACUCUCUGCACGAGCGGGAGAUGCAAAUUAUGUCCGCCGAUCUACGCCGCGAGUACGAACGACAAAUGUCCAACAUCCGCAAUCUUCGCGAACUGUACGAGGAACGGGAACGUGUCUCCCGGAUGGAGCGUGACAAUCUGCUGCGACAGCUGGAGCUGCGCAAGAAUGACCUGGAAGCCGAGCAGGAAAAGAACAAAAAUCACGAAUCACACGUCGCCAGCCUGCAGGCGGACUUGGAAACAAUGAAAAACGAGCUGAUUCAGACGCAGGAAAAACUAAGCCAAUCCGCGGUGGAAUCGCGACAGCUGCAAGCCGAAAUGACCGUUGUAAAUCAAUUCAUAUCGAAAUUCCUACUGGGAAUGAACCGCAAGCAGACGGCCGGCAGUGUCAAGCUGGACAAGCUGGCCGAAGUGCUGCAGGAGAACCGGGGGCUGCUAAUCGAAAUGACCAAGGAGGAAUCGGAAACGAUCGAUCUGGGGGCAUUCCUUCCGCGGGCUCUCUACGAUCUGGUAGCCGAAGUGGACGAAGAAAACCCCGACGCCAACGAAAGCGAGACUUCCACGGAAGACGGCGCACUCACACAGGUGCAGAAUGCUUCGCCGGAACAGAUCGCUGACAAGCUGCCAAAAGUGUGGCGGGUGCUGAUUGAGCUGGUGAAUCACCACGAACGAGUGCCGCAAGUUCCGUUUGUGGAAAAUGGCGAAAGUGAAGAUUGCUUCAAGACGGAGAUGACGAAAAAUGGAUCGAAAACGGUAGUUAGCGUUAGCAAGACGUAUCUCAAGUUGAAGGACCUGAUCUUGGAGAAGAAAGCCCUCAAAAAAGAAACGAACCGCAUGAAGACUCUGAACGUCCACCUGGAGCGUCGUUUGGAAACGCAGGAAAAGCGCCUCAGUGCUGUAAGUUUGGAGUUGACCAAAACGUGGCACCUGGUUGGCAAGAUGCAGCGCCAACACCGUCAACUGCACACACAGGAGCAAAUCCUACGCUACCACCUGCAACAGAAACGACGUCUGCUGUGCGAGCUGAAGGAAGAGUUGGAGUACUGUCGGCUAAAGUGGAGUGCCGCCCGGCAGAAGAACAUCGAGUCCGAAGAUCAGUGGAAGAUACUGAAGGCAGACUUCGUUGCCCGCAAGAAGCAGGAUUCGUUGAACAAUUCCGGCGAGAGUGGAUACAGUGAUGAGCAACCGACGGACGACGAAGACGAGGACUAUUUGCGCAAGGGUAAGCCAUCGAAGGAACACCUGACCCGGAUGGUUAAUCUGGAACGGUUCCGAAGUGCUUCGCUGACGAAUGUUCUUCAGGUGGCACUGGAGUUGAGAAGGUGUCACAGCGAAUCCGAUAUGAAAUCGCUGAAUAAUGUCGAACGAACCAAUCAGUUCUGUAAUGAGAAGAUUGAAGAUUUGCCGAUAUUUCCGGAGGAGGAGUUGGACUGUUCGGUGAAGAAGAAAGUCAAGAAAUCGAAGAAGAAAAAAGCGAAAAAAGGUGGAGCGGAAACAGCGGAGGACAUGUUUAGGAGACUGGCUGGGUUAGAACAGGAUAGCAAUGUGGAUGAAGAUGAAGAUGAAGAGACGGAUGAUGAGAUCAGUGAGGAUUCGGAGUGUUCGGAAAUUGAAAAAAUCGAACAGCGAGAGUCAAGUCCAGUGGAGGAAAUGGCGAAGGAGCCGGAGUUGAGCAGUGAGGAACUGUUCAACAUGAAACGAGAAGCUCGGUUGAAACGGAUGGCUGAGUUGAACUCCAGAUUGGACAAUUACUCAAAUCCGAGUGCUUCGAAAGACUCCGAAAGUGGUGUUAGCGAAGUAGAUCAAGUAGACGCAGGUCCGUCCAAUGUGUUUACUACCACCGAAGAAGAUUAUCUACAGAGAAGAUCUGCCCGGCUAGAGCGGUUGGAGAGGGAAGCUAGGGAAUUCAGAAACAAACUGUCACGAACCGUGAAUCGGGGUAGUGAGAUUGCUGCUCAGAUCGAUGAAAUUCACAGCGGAUUCAUAGCUAGGCAAUCAGAAUCGCCAAUACCUGGUAGUUCGUCGGAGAACAGGUCGACAACGCCAAUGGCGGUUGAAAUACCCGCUGCAGAUCUAGCAGUUCUUACGGAUCGAGAACGUGAAUUCACUCAGAAUAGAUCCGACCGUCUUCAGUCACUGGAACACCAAAGCCAAUCCCUACUGCAACAGAUGAAUCGAACGUUGAAGAAGGGUUCCAGACUUACGACGCAACUUGAUAUGCUGCACUCUCGUCAUAGCAGUAGCGAGCAGAGAAGUCAUCCAAACGAUUCUAAUUCAAGCGCCGAAGUUGCCGAAGGUAACCAACGUGAACCGUCUUCUUGCAGUCCUAGUCAGAACAUUGAACAGAACCUGCUACCAGAACCGGAACCGAUCGACACGGUCCUACUGGAAAACUCAAUCGUCAUACCUCCGAAUGGUCCGAUCGAGCUGAUUCUAGUCUCGGACGAAGAAAUUCUGGAAGAAGUUGACGAAUUGUUGCCCACACCUAGCAAUGCUACCUCAACGCAGCAAGGGCAGGAUGAAGACAACGAACGAAACGGCCAACCGUAACUUCGAAGUCCUGAUUAUUCUUAUGAUUAAUAAUGUUACUUAUUAAAAGCACCCUAUCGAAAAAAAAAAAGACAAUUCCACCAGAAUGUCGUCAGUUUUAGAUAGACCGUAAUAGUUAUUCUCACUUUGUACCAGUGUCGAAACUGCUUCUGUGUUAAAACUGUAUUUCUCAUGUGUACUAGAAAGAGUAAAAUAAAUGAUUAAAGCAAACAUCCUA